AUGUUCGCCACCGGCCCCUACGCCCACGAGACCCAGCUCGUGUCCCCCCCUGUCUUUUCCACCUUCACCACCGAGCCAUCCACCGCCCCUCUGACCCCGCCGCCGGAGCUCGCCCAUCUCACCACCCCCUCCUCCCCGGACGUGCCCUACGCCAGGUUCCUCUCCUCCUCCCUCGCCGCCGCCGGCAAGGGCGCUGCCGGCAGCGACCUCCAGGCGACGUAUCCUCUCUACCCGGGGAGCCCCUCUAGCAGCCUGAUCUCGCCGGCGUCGGCCACCCCGCGCACCGGCCUGUCCUCGCCCUUCCCGGAGCGCGAGGUGCCGACCCAGUCGUCGUCCUCCAGCGGCGCCUCCCCCUUCUACGGGUGCCAGUCGUCGAGGCUCUUCGGCCACCGCAACUUCAUGAUGUCGCCGGACUCCGGCCUCUUCUGCGCGGCCUCCUCCGCCCAAUUCUACCUCGACCAGGCCCAGCAUCCCUCUUAUCAACCUCACUCUGCGGCAAGGCUCAGCGUCUCCAGGGAGGCCGACGUCUACAGCAGCGGCGGCGGCAGCGGAGGAGGACACAGGCACAGCAAGGCCUGCAAGCAGGAGGAGGAGAUUGAAGCCUACAGAGCGUCGUUCGGCUUCAGCGCUGACGAGCUCAUCAUCACGCAGAACUACGUAGAGAUCUCCGACGUCGCCGCCGACGACUCCUUCUCCAUGGCUCCGGAGCCGGCGAAGAUCACUGCCGGAAGGUCGCCGGACGCGGUGAGAUCGUCAGAUCGGCCGGAUCCCCAAUCCUCCGAUCUCAGGGCACCCUGCGAUCCCAAGCGGACAGGUAAACUGCUCCUCACUCCAUCCAUGGCCUUGAGGUUCUUCCCCUUUUGGGCGGGAGCCGGCUUCAUCGUCGUCGUCACCUCGUUUUUUGUGGCUCAGGGCUGCCGCAGCAAGGGCGCCACCACUCCGGCGAGGCUCCGGCGGAGGGCCUCGCCCGCGCGGCGACCGACGACGAGUCGGGCUCUGCGGCGUGGGGAAAGAGGGCGAGCAGGAGCUUCCGCAUGGUGACGUCGGUCUCCGACGCAGAGGUGGACUACAGGAGAUCGAGCAGCGCGAGGGAAACCCUCGGCGGCGCUGCUGCGUCCCGGCGAAAGUAG